GCGAGACUUUUUAUUUUUAUUUUUAUUUUUGAACCGUCAUCGUCUCCCUCCAUUUAUUGGAUCGGGUUGAGAAAUUAUCUUCACUAUCACUCUCUGGCUCCGAAUUCCUCACCUAAACUCUCUCUCUCUCUAUGGCCUCUCUUUCUCUCUCCUCAAAAACCCUAAACCCUCUCCUCCUCUCGCAUGCGCUUACCCCCCUCCACUCGAAAAACCGCAGCUUUCUUCAUCAAAAUCUCCCUCCACAGACCCCAAAACCCUAGACCCUUCUCCUCCGACCAAACCCUAAUCGCCAAAUUCUCCUACGCCGUUAACAGAUUCUCCCAAAUCCCACCUCCGGUUUCUCCCCAAAUCAGCUCCAGACCCCAAAACCCAUUUGAAUUCAACGCCCUAAUGCAGGACUUCGCCCUCUCCGGAAACCUCAGCCAGGUCCUCAGAGUAUUCAGGGAAAUGAAGUCGCUGCAUUGCAAUCCUGAUCUCGUCUGCUACAGUACGAUGGUUGAUAGCUUGGUCGCUGCUAACCGGCCGAGAGAAGCCCUGGCGGUUUUCGCUGAGGUGAUUGUUUUGGGCAUGGGCCCUGAUCUGGCUUGCUUUACAAUCUUAGUGAAGUUGUAUUCUUGCUGCUUGAAAGAGUUUGAUGUGGCUUACGAGAUAAUGGGUUGGAUGGUUAAGUGUGGGACUGAUCCCGAUGUUGUCACUUACUCGACGCUAAUCGCGGGGCUGUGUUGGGAUUGUAGAGUUGAGGAGGCAUUGGGGGUUUUGGAUUGGAUGUUGGAGCUGAAUUGCGUUCCCAAUGUUCAUACUUGCACUCCCAUAGUGCAAGCUUACUGUUCUAUUGGAAAACUUGAUAAUGCGAGAAGGUUCAUGGGUACAAUGGAGAGAAUUGGGUGUUUGCCUAACAUAGUUACUUAUAAUGUUUUGAUUGAUGCGCUUUGUAAGAUGGAGGCUUUUGAUGAGGUCGAGAGGGUUUUGGGCGAGUGUAGUACGAUGAAGGGUUGUGAGCCUGAUGAGGUCAGUUAUAGUGUUUAUAUGGAUGGCCUUUGCAAGUCGGGUAUGGUUCGUGAAGCAUUUGAGGUGUUAGAGGUUAUGAUCGAGAAGGGUUUGAGGCCGAAUGCGGUGACUUUGAAUAUACUUCUUGAUUGCCUUUGUCGGGGUUCGAGGGUUUGGGAGUCUAUGUGUUUGUUGGAGAAGAGUGCUGAGUUGAAAUGGGAUGUCAGUGUUGUCAACUAUAAUACUGUGAUGCGUAGGCUUUGUGAUGUUAGAGGAUUUUCGGCUGUUUUGAAACUCUUUAAUGAUAUGCUGAAGAAGGGUAUUGAUGCAAACACUCGGUCUUUUAGCAUUUUGAUUUAUUGCCUUUGUAAAGCAGGGAAGUUUCGUUUGGCAAUGAGUGUACUAAAUAGCAAAGGAUUUGUUGCUAAUGUUGUAACAUAUACUACCCUAAUUCAUCAUUUUUAUGUGGCUGGAGAGAUGGAUGAAGUUUACAAUUUGUUCAAUAAAAUGGAUGAAGAGAAGGUUUCACCUAAUGUAGUUACCUUCAGUAUCAUGAUCAAUUGUUUUUGUCAACAAGGAAAGUUUUUGGAGGCUAUGAAAUGUUUUCAGAGAUCUCUUAAAGAUGGGUUUUCUCCACAUCUGGCUGCACUUUUGAUUGAUGGGCUGGUUACGGGUGGAAAGAUUAGGGACGUGCUAAAUCUCAUUGAGCGGAUCAGAGAAUGGGGUCUGACUGUAGAUUUUUGCAUAUUCCGUUCUUUGAUCAGGGCUUUCUGUAGGAUGGGCUGUUGCCAAAGUGGAGAGAUUUAUACAGUGUGUAACAUUCUGGAUAAAAUGUUACGGAAGAGAUGACACUUCUACCGUAAUUGACGUACAUAUGCUCAAUCUUUUAUUCAGGAAGAUUACGAGCUUAUAGAAAAUCAUGGCUCAAGCAGGAGUACAAACACAAAACUUCCAGUUGACCUAGCUUGCAGCUCUCGUCAACCAUUUUAUGAAUUGAUCUGUGCUGCUCCUCUGGCGUAGGUUAUGAUUCUUCACAUAGUUAUGGAUAACAAGCAUGAAUUUGGUUUAGAGAUUGCUUGGUUUGCUGCAAUUGCUGGGGUUGUAACUGCAGUUUAUUCAACUUGAACAUUUUCGGUAGUUGCAGGCUUGCAGCUAAAUUUGGCUCACUGCAAUGUUGAUAAAUGUAGUUAUAACUGCAGCUGCAAAAUGACCUCCUGUUGCAAUUGACGACUUACACAGAUUUGAAUCCGUCAGGUACUACAAUUUGCUGACUGAAUUGUUUGCCCCAGUUUGCUUGCGGUUGUAUGUGAUGUGAAGAUUUUUUUAAGAACAGAAAAAUCACAUUGAAAAAUCUAGCCCCCCUGGACUAGAUGCAGAAUGGUACCGAUGCGGAUUUUCUUCCUAUGUUCAACUGGUGCUUUGGUGCAUAGAAUACAGCAUUAUUUACAUCCAAAUCAGGAUACACGAUCGCAUAUUGCUUUUGUUCGUCAUAUCCAAGUUGACUUCUUCAAUUAAACCAUGACAGUUCUAUUAUCUGCCUCUUCAAGCACGAACUUGAGCUUUCAGUGUUCCUAUCCAAGAAGCAUUUUACGUCUUAACAGGGGACUCAGCCUUGUGUCUUCUUCUAUGCUUAACAUGGGGUGUGCAGGUCAUCAUCCAAUGGGAAUAUUGGCCGGGUUACAGUACCUGCAUCAUCUGCACCUUUUCUAGCUCAAGCUGAUACAGCCUGAAACGAAAGUCUCACAUUCUUCACGUUAGAGUCUUGGGCUGCUCCAUUCCUUGUUUGAAUAAGGUUUACAACCAGUACAGAAAAAGCAUAGCAAAAUCCUUGGAGGUCUUCUGCAUCCUUUGUUCAAUAACUACCACGGGAAGUCCUUGAAUGAUUCUUAUAUGUCAACACGUCAACGCUAUUAUUUUUUUGGUUCAUGCUCUGAACACAUUGUGCCUCGGCUCCUCCUAAACCCAUAUUUUUUCGGACUACAGUACGACGUCGCCGCAAUGCUUCUGCUUUUUCCUGCCUUUUUAUUAUGGAUCAUCCGGUUUCUUUUUCUGCAUUCGUUUUACCCUCUUUUUUUCCCCCCUGGAGGAACAACAAGAUGCGAGCAUAGAGCAAGAUCCCAGCGAGAACGAAGUCAUGGUUUGUCAAUGAGUUCAAGAAGUAUGGGCUGACAAUCUGCAUCAAGGAAUAGAUCGAUCUGGUAUUGGUGCUCUGCAAGUCGUUCAACAUCGUCUUCCUCGAUGCAAAGUUCCGAGGCUUCCUACAUUCAACUCACCCUGGCGAAGAAUAUACAACGCUCUCAAUUAUAAUGUUGACAAGAUGAAGUGGAUUCAGUUAGGAGUCACGUUGUCUAAUGGCGAGAGUUCUCCUCCUGGCAAUUCAACUUGAACGAUUUCAAUCCUGGAGCAGACAGUUGUUUGAAAGACUUUGUAGAGUUUCUGGAACGGAACGGAAUUGAUUCGACAAGAACCGCAAAGGUGGGGGUGAGUGCAGACGUUCUCAGCGAUAGAGUACCCGAUAAGGGGAUGUCAAGGGCUGAAGUGGGUCACUUUUUAUAGUUUAUACGACCCCCUCGCCUACUUGAUAAAAAUUGUCUAGAAGAUGCUUCUGCUGGAAACACUAAUUGGUUUCUGGGACGUGUGCGAUAUAACUGUUAGGUUUGAUGGUGUACGACAACAAGGAUGCUUGAGAUCGAGAGUAUAGUGUGUGUAAUUUACUGACGACGACGACGAUUUUAGGAGAUAUGAAGAGGAAGUUGGCUGAUUUCAAUGGAGAGAGAGAGAGAGAGAGAGAGAGAGAGAGAGAGAGUAGUAACCCAACUAAUUAAAGUCUUAAAACUUGAUUAAUAGAGAAUUUUUUUCUUUAA